AGAAACGAUCAAAGGAGCAAAACCUUUUAACAGCCGUACGAUCUUAACUCGUUUGACACAUCUCACUGACUUCUUCAGUCAUCAGCUUCCUCUCUCUCUCUUCAGAUCUCUGCAUCUCCUCCUCCUCCUCCUCCUCCUCGGGUUUCAAUGUCGCUCCAUCAUCAUUAUCUUCUUCUUCUUCUUCUGCUACUAGUAUCCCUGACCCCUUCUCUGCUCCAAGCUUCGGUGCAUGAGUACCGCAGCGAGAGAUUCAUGUCCAAAGGCAACGCCUUUGUCUUCCACGGCGGCAGCGAAGGCAUCUACUCCUCUUCUCCCUCCGACUCCGAUUCCCUCUCCUCCUUUAUCCGUUUCGAGAAGAUCACAUUCCGGAGACCUGAGGAAGUUUCCAACACCUCUUCAUUACCUAUCCACGCCGUCGUUUUCGAGGUGGAAGACAGGGAGAACAUCGGAGGAUCAGCUUACGGUGGGCAGAGAGCUGUCUGCUGCACAUCUGACUUGGCUAAACUCGGUGUCUGCUCCCAUGGAGAGAUCAUUCACCACCCUUCCCUUAAAGACUCCUCCUGGCCUCAAGUCUUUGGUGUUUCCUUUGUCGAGAGCGAGUUGUCUGCUACUCUGCCGACGAGGUCGGUUCAGAUCCCUAGGACAGGAAUGUACAACCUCUACUUCAUCCACUGCGACCCUGGUCUCAAGGAUUUGAGUGUUGAAGGUAAAACCAUCUGGAAAAACCCUGGAGGGUACUUACCAGGUAGAAUGGCUCCGUUGAUGUACUUCUACGGGUUCAUGUCCCUCGCCUUUGUCCUUCUCGCCGUCUUCUGGUUCUCCCAGUGCGCUAGGUUCUGGAGAGAAGUGCUCCCCUUACAGAACUGUGUUACUCUGGUGAUAACCUUAGGGAUGUGCGAGAUGGCGCUUUGGUAUUUCGACUACGCCGAGUUCAACGAGACAGGGGUGAGACCGACGGUGAUCACUGUAUGGGCGGUGACCUUUGGUUGUAUCAAACGCACGUGCGCUCGUGUUAUCAUCCUGAUGGUUUCGAUGGGGUACGGUGUCGUGAGGCCCACGCUCGGUGGGUUUACGUCGAAGGUGAUCAUGCUCGGUGUCACUUUCUUCGCUGCUUCCGAGACUCUUGAGCUGUUGGAGAAUGUUGGUGCUGUGAGUGACUUCUCAGGGAAGGCUAGACUGUUUUUAGUUCUCCCCGUCGCGGUGUUGGAUGCUUUCUUCAUCAUAUGGAUAUUCAAGUCGCUCUCCGCUACUUUCAAGAAGCUUCAGACGAGAAGGUUGUUGGUGAAGUUGGAUGUGUACAGAAAGUUCACUAAUGCUUUGGCUGUAGCUAUCUUGGUUUCCGUCGGUUGGAUUUGCUACGAGCUUUACUUCAAGUCUAAGGAUGUUUACAAUGAGCAUUGGCAAAACGCUUGGAUCAUCCCUGCCUUUUGGCAGCUUCUCUCCUUCUCGCUCCUGAUUGUUAUCUGUUCUCUCUGGGCUCCAUCUCAGAACUCGACGAGGUAUGCAUUCUCAGGAUCGUCUGGUGAUUCAAGCGGGGAGUUUGAGAAGGAUGAUUACACACUAACCCUCAUUAAACCAUCUCCGGUUCCUUCUCACGAAGUCAAGAGCCACUCAGAAGCCAGCUCUUUGCAAGCUGACGAGGAAGAACCAGAUUUGGAGGAAGACAAGAGGGAGUGAAGUAGGGAAAGACAAUUUAGUUACAAUUGAUCUUCUUCUACUUUGACCGUUUUUUUCUCUCUCUUUAUAUUAGACACCUCAAAGUUUUAUUAUAUGUAUUCUUGUAGGUCACGCGAGUUUAGUUUUGUACAAUACUAAGGCCAAGAGACCAAAGCAGCCUUUGUCUUCGGUGUUUUAUAGUGCUUUAGUUUGUGUACCCGUGUUUUUGUUACCAUAUGUAAUGUUUAAACUUCAUUUUCCUAA